CUUUCACCGUUGCAGGCUCAACGAUGAAGUUCUUUCGUCAUGCCGCGCAUUCAGCCGUCUUUGUUGCGGCGUGCUCGGCGCCUUUCGCCACAUAUUGCAAGCCUUCUUCCCGCUUGCCGGGACCUGAAUUCUGCCCAGAAUGAGCUACGAUGGCUAAGAAGCCAUGCCGAUGAAUCACGGUCACGAAACAAAUCAUGGCUUUUAGACAAUCUAUGCCGAAAAAGAGGGCGUGGUGAGCCUCUUCAGUAUGUCAUCGGCUCUCAGCCAUUUGGUUCACUCGACAUCAAGUGCAAACAAGGUGUUUUAAUACCUAGACCAGAAACCGAAGCAUACACUUUCCACCUAACAAACCUCGUCAAAUCAGGGGAGCUUUUAGGACAAGACGUAAGGAAACUCGACCGUGGAGUAAACGUAAUCGACUUCUGCACAGGAACUGGUUGUAUACCCCUUGGAGUUUUCUCAUCCCUCCAGCACUCGGUUGACAACUUGACCGUGCGAGGAGUGGAUGUUUCGCCUGUAGCCCUCCGACUCGCGCAGGAGAACAUCGCACGGAACAUCAGGCUUGGAAAUUUGAUGGAGCCUACAAAACACAAGCGGCUUGACAUCACAAGAGCAAACGUUUUCAGUGAUGGCGACAUGCAGCAGCUCGCCGUUACCCCCUGGGAUAUUCUCGUGUCUAAUCCUCCAUAUAUAUCAGAAGAUAUCUGGCAUCAUGGCCGUGGGCAACUGGGUUAUUCAGUCCGAAAAUAUGAACCGCGCCUCGCAUUGGUUCCCGAUAAAGACCUCCCUUGCCCUAGUAAAUGCAACCCAGCAGACGUCUUCUACGCACGGCUUUUGGACGUUGCAGAACUCCUAAAGCCGAGGGUAGUACUAUUCGAGAUCGGCGACGAGGAGCAGGCUCGUCGUGUGUUGCAACUGUACUUCAACCACCCAAUUGCCCAAAAGUCAAGGACUGAAAUUUGGCGUGACUUGCCUGAUUUCGAGGGAGCCAAGGGUGCAGAGAUCGUCUUGCAUCUCGAGGAAUCAAAGGAAGAACGUCGGGUUCCGGUGAAAGGCGAUGGUCUUAUACGAUCCAUUCUAAUUCACAACCUGGAAUGGGCCGAGUGAUAGGGUAGUGGACGAACCUCCUGGAGCAAGAAAACCUCUGAUGUCAAACCAAGGUGCCAAAAAUACCCAAUCCAAGGUCUACUAAAUCUAC